AUGGACGAAAAUAAGUCAAAUAAGAUGAUUAAUGACCCUAUUCAUGUAAUUUAUCUAAAAAAAAAAAUUCAAAUUCAAGGGUACAUUGAAUUUGAAAAUUGGGCAGUAAAAUUUAUAGAUACACCACAAUUCCAAAGAUUGCGUGAUAUCAAGCAAUUAGGAACUGCUUUUUAUGUUUUUCCAGGUGCGACUCAUACUCGCUUUGAGCACAGCUUAGGAACGGCACACCUCGCUUAUACUUUAACCAAAAGAUUACAGGAACAGCAAGGAAAAAAUGUCGAUGAUGAACGCAAUCUUAAGUGUGUGACUUUAGCCGCAUUGUGUCAUGACCUUGGAUCCAUAACAAUGCUUAAAGAUCUUAUUAAAGAGAAUGACAUCAAUUUGGAUUCCAUCGGGUUAAACAGUGAUGAUGUAGAAUUCAUCGGGGCACUUGUUAAAGGUGAUCGUGAUUUUUCAACUAUAAGAGCAAUUGAUCAUAUGAUGUGUGAUGUGCUUGAGGAUGCGAAGAAAUAUUUGGCAAAGAAGUUUGGUUUUGAAGAUUUUAAGGAUGCGAUCAGUAAGGGUGAAAAAUACAUACGAUUAAGUGAUUCUAUUUUUCAUGAAAUUGAACAUUCGCAAGCUGAAGAUGAAUUAAUCAGAUCAAAAGAAAUUAUUAAACAGAUUAGAAAGAGAAAAUUAUACAUGUAUGUGGACGAAUAUUUAACCAAAAAAAAGAAUGGCAAAGAAAAAGAAAGUAUCAAGAAUCAAAUUAUGGAGGAAAUUAAGAGCUGUGGUAUACAAAAUUUAGGUCCUGAUGAUGUAAUUGUAGAUUGGCUAAGCUUCGAUUACGGAAAUGAUGAUAAAAAUCCAGUAAAAAAUGUCACAUUUUACCACUUUAAUCAUGACACCGAGUCAUUCGAAACUAAAGAAAUUAGGAGGAAGGAUGAUGAAUUAAAAGAAAAAGUUAAAUCAAUUAAAUAUUAUUUUAGUAAGAAAGUAGAAGAAUUAGGCCUAAUUGAUAACAAGGAAAGUGAACAGGGUAAUGAUAACAGUGACGAUGAAAUGAUUAGAAAAGACAAAAGAUCUAAUACUUCUGGUGAAACAUCUCAGUCAAAGAAGAAUUUAUAUUU